AUGGCUACUACCGACCACACGGCGCAGUUCCAGGAGCCUCCUGUCAAUGGACUUCCAGGGGCUACAAGCACUACCCCAUCUCACGUUGAUGUUGAUGGCCCGUCCCGUGACGACAUCGACCUCCAAUUUCAAGAACCUAUCGCUCCUGAAACCUCUACUUCUACAUCCACCUCUACAUCCACCAAAGAUGACAAUAAUUCGCUUCAGAAAACUACUACUGAGAAGCUCAAGGAUGCUGUGAAGAAGCCAUUCACCAGCUCAGACAAUACUUCCAACUCGCAAACGUUAGGCGAGAAGGACAUUACCAGCCCAGAGAUGGCCGCUGCAAAUGAAGUCCUCGCAGACAAGAACCUGAAGUCGCCGUAA